AUGCGACAACUCCCAAGGACUCCCUCCACUGGAUUGCGUACUGCAGUGGAUCUUCGACGCUCUCAUGACGAAACGCACAUCUUCAACAUGCUGCCCCAUCCUAGACAUCAUAUUACACCAUACCCCUUGCAACAGACCGCUCGCGACACACAUAGAGAUUUGAUCAUUCCGGAAACCAUGCGACUUGAAAAUGGCCUCUACCGGACCUUGAGACGCCUACAUUAUGCCGAAAGCGACAACUCCACCAAGCGACACUGGACUCCAUUGGAUAUUUGA